UGCCAGCGUGACUUCGAAGCCGUGCAUCCCAUGCUAUCCCAUGUCCAGUAAGUUCUCACCGUGUCUGAUAUCGAUGCUCAUCCACUGGCGUGAUUCCCUGCCAUCUUCGCACGCAGAUCGUCCAUCGUCUGUUGGCAGAAGCGGUCAUCUGGCCCUGCCACCCACUUCCUGAUACCGACCAAGAACCAAACUCCCCUGCAAUGUCGGGCGCUUAUGCGAUGCCAGUGCUCAAGGAGACGCUAGAUCUCUACGAUAUCGCCCUUCUGCUUAACUACGAGCGUCUUAUUGCGGAGCCACGCUUUCAUGGAUACAGGCUACUCGAUGUUGUCUACGAUGGACAGCCUUUCACCGACGAUAGGCUCGCGGCCCAUUGGGAUCGCACAGCGUAUCACGAAGCGACGGCGCCUGCCCAGAAAGCCACUGGCGAACCCAACUUCGAAUUUGUGUCGAAGUUGGAUGAGCCUCGUCAUGGCGUCUCUCUUCUAUAUCACAGGGGGCCCGCCUCUACGAAAGACCAAGACUCCCCAGCGACUUUUGUUGCGGCCAAUGAACAGCGCGCUGCUGCUGCUGGUCUCACCGAUCCUCCCUUUCGCUUUUCCGAUCUUCAGCUAUCAGACAGAGAUCGCGAGACCCUCUUUUAUCAGUCGCGCAGUGUGGGCUCCAGCGAUUCAGCUGUGCGCUUGGUCCAAUAUUUCUUCGCCCUUUACCCCGCAGAUACCCACCUGUGCGUCCGCACGUAUGACCGUACCGACCCCGAAUACUUCACGACAAUCUCUCACCGGGUUGUACUUCAGUAUGUCCUGCGCGGCCUGCGUAUGCACACAAUCAAUUCUUUCCUGCCGGAUAAAUCGACGGUCUACCACACUCCCGGCCAGGACGGCCGCGCGCGGCAUUCCGUGCUGACCUUCGGGAACGCCCCCGCGCGAUGGGACAACAUACGCACCGUCCUCAACCUCGCCUCGCUCGAGUUCGGCGACGCUGGGCGCGGUGUCAAGGGUAAGGGCACUUUUGUGCUCGAACCUAUCAAGGCAUACGAUGCGCGUCUCGACAGGGUCGCGGAGGCGAACGAGCUGCUCAUGGAAGAGAUUACCGUCGAGCUGCCACCGCUAAAGGAGGGGGACGAGGAGGAAAUGCAUCUGAAGGCAAUCGCGGCUAAGGUGAAGGGGCGAUGGGAUAGCCGUGGAAAAGAGCCUUGGUGUGGGCACUGUGGCGCACCGGGACCGAAGGUGCAGGCCAAGUGCUGCUCUUCCGCCCGUUAUUGCAGCAGAGAUCAUCAAGUCGCGGCAUGGCCUUUCCACAAGCUCUAUUGUGGCCAGUGAUCAUACCUGUACAGUUGUCGCCCAGGACCCUCGAAAUGCUGCAGAUAGCAAAGAACGUGUCAUUCGUGUUGAUAAGUUAGUCUUCUGCGCGAUGUAACUACUAUAACUUAGGUCAAAGCACACCCGUAAAUAAGCGAAUGC